AUGCCCGAUUUGCUUAGGACUCAUCAUGAGUACUGCAGCCAAAGUCCACUAACAAGAACUUUACAAAAUCGGGCUUCAACUCUCGAAGGACUUUCAAAAGGCGGGGUGAAGUUUUCAACCUGUCUCACGGCAAAGUCUGCGUCAACGGCGCUGACUCAAAUCUUCCUCGAAAUUACAGGAUUUAUUAAGGAUCCAAUCGGUGUUCAAUUCAAGCAAAUUCUCGAUGGCGAUCACCGAAGUAAUAAUGAAUGCGAUUCUCUCGAAAAGGGCUGUCUCUUGCAACCAGACCAAAUCGACAAGGACUCUUUGCAAUUCAUUUUUGUUCGCGACCCGAUGGACCGAAUAUUCUCCGCCUGGAAAGACAAAAUGAACAGAACUGAGGAUCGUGAAAUGUACUACGAAUUCCCUGGGAAGCAAAUUAUUAGAGAAGAGUUCGAUCUUCCCGAAAAUUUUCUGUUUCCGAAGCGAAAAAUGGACGCGCAUAAAAUGGGAUAUUAUGUCAGCUUUCAGAUGUUUGCCCGGUGGUUGGCGAAAGACAAUCAUUACAAGACUAAUAUUCACUGGAAUACACUUCAGAGCUCAUGCGACAUCUGCGCGUUCGAUUUCGACUUUAUCGGGCGCAUCUCUCAAAUGGACGAAGACAUGCCUCGCUUGAUGCAACAACUCAACGUCAGAAGCCCAUCUUACGACGAAAUUCAACAGGGAUUCCAAUCCGCAAAUGCUCAUUCAACGAAACAUUCAAAAUUGAAGAUAGAAGAAGAGUUUUCAAAAUUAACGAAUGUCGAGUUGGAGAAUUUAUUGGCGAUAUAUAUUGGAGAUUAUGCUGCUUUCGGCUUGCCUAUUCCUGGUUUCGCUAAGCCAUCAUUCAUUUGA